UUCGCUGCCAUCGGUUUGCGUUGCUCGUUGACGGUCCCCGUGUCGCUUGCACGUUACACGAAAUCACGAGAGUCCGGAAACGUCCCGAUAUAAUUUCUCCUCGGCGUGAAUAAGAAAAGCAAUGAGGGACGAGGUGAAGAUGGACGCGAAUCGCCUGAUAGCAGAAGUCUAUAAGAGACCAGCGCUCUGGAACCAGAGACACAUCUCUUAUCACAAUCGCGAGGUGACCAACCGCGUCUGGAUGGAGAUUGCUGCUAUUUUCAAGCUUCCUAAACCUGUUCUAAAGGCAAAAUGGAAAGGCCUGAGAGAUACGUUUCGCGCUGAGCUGAAGAAAGAGCAAGUUUAUCGUAAGAGUAAGUUUCACAGAAAUCGACCAGUAUGGAUACAUUUCAAAAGUCUGCAAUUCCUGAAGGAGCAAAUGCUGCCCCGUCCACCUAUCUGGGAAAGAAAUGCUCACGAUAACGAUCGGGCAAGCGGAAGCGAAAGCGACACUCCGCGUCACCAGAAAGGCAAUGUUGGCAGGACGUUGUCGGCUUCCUCGGCCCUCGUGGAGAGCGAUACACUGGCUGAGCACAUACUCGCCCUGAAUGGUGACAAUGCUCUGAAAAUAGAAUCGAUUAGUCAUCAAAUAGAUGUAAAGCAAGAGCCUGAGGAUAAUUUCGAGAACCUCGAGUUCCAAAGCGUAGCUGAGAAUCUGACGGACAACGAGAUGAUGCUACAAAACAUAUCGCCAGAGCAAGUGUUGAUGGGCGAUGGCGACUCCAGCAUAGGACUGACGGUCGACCCUCUGGAAGGAGGCCGCUUCGACGACAAUUACUACUUCCUCAUGAGCCUUUUACCUCACAUAAAGACAUUACCGGCUGACAGAAGGAUGCUCCUAAGGAUGCAAAUGCAAGAGUUAGUCUAUAAGGAGGUGUACAAGAAAAGUAGUUCGGAUAUUGCGUCCACCUCGUGAGAAAAGAAGACUUCUGAAUAAUGAAUGCGGAUUACAAACUGUGAAUUAUUCUCUUUUGAGAAUACGUAAGGUGUGUUAAUGAUCGCUUAUUUUAAGUACAUAUUUUACUACUGUAUACUACCGUAACUAUAUUAUGAUAGGAGGGGCGCAUUUCACAUUGAAAUCUUGCGUCGUUCCAAUUGUAAGAUCGUGUAGCAAGUUGUACCUUUUUUCAAUGUUAAAUAAACGAUAAUAUGUGUAAAUGUAA